AUGCGGGGAUUUGAGAGCAAGUCUAAUCCCGGGAGUGGCGCAGAUUUUGCCGCUGCUGCAGGAAAAGGUGGAGAUGGUGGCUCGGGACACAACCGGGACGGUCGACUGACAAUACAGGUUACCUUAGAAAGCGAUUGUGUUUCGGUGGUUUCGCCCGAAGACGCAAGUUUCGCGUCGACUACCACCAGUUUCCCGUUUCUGGAGCCGGAAGAUUCGGACCCGUUGGAGAAUAAAUUAGACACACCGGUUGCGUCUGUCCCUGGCAUGUUAACUUCGUUUGGCUGCUCUUCCGGAAGUGAGGAUGGUGGAGUCAACUCCAUAACACCUCAGACGCCGGCUGAUGACGACGAUGACAACAACGACAGUGGUGGCAGUUCGCCAUCAGGCACGGAAAUGCCGCCAAAACUAAAGCCGGCCGGACAAGACAGUGAAGAGAGUUCGGACGGGGACAUAGAACGACUGCGGAUGGACAACGUGGACAAUGACGACGAUGUUUAUCGCCAGGAUCGGCCGCCUGUGUUGCAGCCGAUGGUGUUAGACAAGACAGAGUCGAGAUCAUCGCCCUGCAGCGACCUCACCAAUGACUCGACGAUCCCGGCAUUGUCCAAAGCGCCCAGCUUCGACUCGUGCAACGCCGACGAUAAUGAAAAGGCAACCGACAGUAUGGAUGCCAUUUCUCCGGCUGGCAGCUGGCACAGGGAGGGAGAAGACGAGAGGGAAACUGAUAAAGGAGAUGCUAGCGGCGAAUUUCGCGCCUCGGACUUUCAGUCACUCUCAGAACCUUCGUCAUUCGACGACACCAAGGCUGAAUGUACGGAUGCGAUGAAGGACAAAUACACCCCUGUUAUGGUCAGUGGUGACUGGACGAUUCGCGGCAAUAACAAGGACAAGGAGACGCAUCCUAACGUGACCAUCAGCACCGACGGCAACUGUGCCAUGGACAAUGCAGAGAUGGUUUUGUCCCAAAUGUCCGUCGACACCAUGCGCCUAAGGAAUAUACCUCUAGGUGGUGGCAGCAGUGAUGGUGUUAAGACUCGCCCUGUAGCAGCGGUCACCGUCGAAGGUAGCAGCUCUCCGCAGUCGACGGUUAGCACCAAAUACAACGUGAACGAUGCUAACAAUGCGCUUAUGCGAAAUGUGCCACCAGUCCCGUCGCAGGAUGCAAUAAAUGAGCAGAAUUACAUUCAGAUGGAGAAUUUGAAAGCUCAAAAUCUAUUGUACAAUCACGUUGGUUCUUCGCCGAAGUCAUCCACAUCCUCACUGUGUAUCGGCAGCGGCAACAACACGAGGAAUAUGCCCCCGUCUUCGAACAGCAGCAACACAGUGGGUAUGUCUGUGGCAGCAAGUAUGGUUUUAAACGACUCCCGUUUGCGAUAUCCAUCACUAUCACUGUCACAGACUAUGCAACUGCAGCAACAGAACGUGGUCAGCAGCUACAGUGAUCAGUCGAUGGUCGCCGUUGCCGCUGCAUCCACUGGUAUUCGGUGUCCGUCGUCUACUUACUGCAGCUCGACAUCUUCUGCCUUGGCACCCCCGCCGCAGCCCGUCGCCACAUCCUAUUACCCACCAAUAGCUGCCGCCGCCGCUGCUGCCCAACAGCACGUGGUCAGGUCGUUGCCCGCGGCUCCAGUGGUCAACGCGCCCGCCGCCGCCACACCUUUAUCCUCCUCGGUAUGCAUGCCGCAGAAGCUAAGCCACUUCUCACAGCACCAAGCCGCAGCUGCCGCUGCAGUUCUACCUACCGACUGCUUCCUCGGACAUUCGAUCCAGUCCGGGUCAAUCUUAGCUGCCGCUGCUGCCGACGACGGCUCUAAACUGAGGCAGUACAUGGAUCGCAUUCCACAACAGCACUACGCCAUCAGCAACCCGUUUCAGCAUCAUCAUCACAGCUUUCCACCGUCGCAGAAUAUGCAGUCCAACCCACCGACCGUCAACCAGUUCGUCAACCCGGCCUCUUCCAGCAGACCCCCGUAUUUUUGCCAGUUUAGUGCCCUGCCGGCAGCAAAUAACCAAGGUCAGGCGGCCGCCGCUGGCUACUACUACGGCUACAAGAACGCCACGGCCGGCAGUUGUCUCUCGCAGCCAGGUCCGGCUGAUGUCAUACCGGCCAUCAACACCAAUUUUUACAUGAAUCCCGCGUAUGUGCCACAGGCUAUGUUCUCUGGAUCCGGUAAUUCGUACUUUCCGACAAAUUCCGCAGCGUUCAUCGCCGCCAGCCAACAGCAGGUGCAGAUGGGUAUGAUGGGAUUUCCGCAGCCACCGAACUUCCAGGACUCCUCGGCCGGCUUCAGUUCCGGUGGAUGCGUUCGCGGAAAUGCCGCGGCUUCAGCGGCACCCAUCUAUUACAACUGUAAUUAUUUUAGUUCACCGAUGAUGCCGGGUACUCGAAAGUUUUAA